AUGCAGAAAGAUAUCAGAGAGGUUCACUCCAACAACAUGCUGAAAGAGGAGGCCAAGAAAUUCAAGAGCUUAUUUGAGAAGAAGGAACUCUUCCCUCCGGAGGUGCCUGCUCGUGUGUACGUCAAUUUGGCGGUCAGAGGUUUCAGCCAGGACCUCAAUGGAAAAUACUUCAGAUUCAACGAUGAGACUUUGAAGAGUUAUAGCGAAUAA